AUGGCGCCUUCUUUCGCAGGCAUGUCCGGCAGGAAACUGUCGCUGGCCGUAUCGACCAUUGCCACUAUGGGUUUCUUGCUGUUCGGUUAUGAUCAGGGUGUCAUGUCGGGUAUCAUCAAUGCCACCGACUUCGACGACGUCUUUACUGCGGCCAAGAAUGACAGCGUCAUGCAGGCCUUGAUUACUGCCGUUUAUGAGGCCGGAUGUUUGUUCGGUGCUAUGUUUGCUCUAUUCACUGCCGAUCGGCUUGGUCGUCGUCGCAUGGUCAUGCUUGGUGCUACCAUCAUGAUCAUCGGUGUUUUGAUUCAGGUUACCUCCUUCCCCGGUCAUAUCCCUUUGCUGCAAUUUAUGUUCGGUCGUGUUAUUACCGGUAUUGGUAACGGCAUGAACACCUCAACUAUCCCUACCUACCAGGCUGAGUGCUCGCGUACCAGCAACCGUGGUCUGCUGAUCUGUAUCGAGGGUGGUAUCAUCGCCAUUGGUACGUGUAUCGCCUACUGGAUCGACUUUGGUGCCUCUUACGGUCCUCCCGGCCUCACCUGGCGUUUCCCUAUUGCCUUCCAGAUCGUCUUCGGUCUCAUCAUCGUCAUCGGCAUGUACUUCUUGCCCGACUCCCCUCGUUACCUUAUUUCCCGUGGCAAGGUUCACGAGGGUGAGUACGCACUCGCUGCCCUUGCUGGCUUGGAGAUUGAGGACGAGGAAACCCAGCUCCAGAAGCAGCUCGUUAUGGAGUCUAUCGAAGCCGCUGGUGUCGCUGAGGGCGCUGGCUACCGUGAUCUCCUCACUGGCGGUCGUACUCAGCACUUCCGUCGCAUGCUCAUCGGAUCCUCUUCCCAGAUCGCCCAGCAGCUGUCUGGUUGCAACGCUGUUAUCUACUACUUGCCUGUACUGAUGGAGGACUCGCUGAACAUGGAUACAUUCAUGUCCGACAUUCUUUCCGGUGUUAAUAUGAUUGUCUACGCCCUGUUCGCCACCUUCUCCUGGUUCUUCAUUGAGAAGAUCGGUCGCCGCAAGCUCUUCCUCGGUGGUAUGACCGGCCAGAUGAUCGCCAUGAUCAUCGUCUUCGCCUGCUUGAUUCCUGGAACCACCGGCCCCGCCAAGGGUGCGGUCUUCGGUCUCUUCUUAUACAUGGCUGUCUUCGGUGCCACGAUGCUCCCUCUGCCAUGGCUGUACCCCGCCGAGAUCUCGCCCAUCCGCACUCGUGCCAAGGCCAACGCUGUCUCCACCUGCUCCAACUGGCUGUUCAACUUCACCGUCGUCAUGAUCACUCCCGUUUUGAUCUCUAACAUCGGUUGGGGAACUUACCUCUUCUUCGCUGCUUGGAACGCCGUCUUCAUCCCCGUUAUGUACUUCUUCUACCCCGAGACCGCUGGUCGCAGCCUUGAGGAGAUUGACAUUAUUUUCGCCAAGGGCUACUGCGAGAAGAUCAGCUACGUCAAGGCUGCUCGUGAGCUGCCCAGGCUCACUGAUGCUCAGGUUGAGGAGAAGGCACUUGAGUACGGCUUCGGUGAUCUCGGUCACCCUGAGGACCUUGAGAAGGGUAACCCCAACUCCAGUUCCGACGAGAACCAUGAGGAGGAGGUCCGCACUGCCACUAUCAACGAGGACUAG